AUGGCCAUGGGCCUCAAGCGCCUCGACUCGUCAAACUGGCUCACUCUCGACUCUGCCUACCUCCCAGAGCACUUCCUCCGUUGCAACCUCCUCUGUACGCACCGCCCGCAAGUCAUCCAAUGCCUCCCGGGAUCGGAGCCAGCAUGCCACGAAGUUCUCUCCCUUGUGACCAGCUUCUUAUCUUCCCGGUUCCCGCAACAUUUUACACUCAUAAACCUAACCCUUCCUUCAGGGGAAGUUCCAGCAAUCCACAACCACCUUACGCAAGAAACCUUCCCCGUCGGACGGCAAAAUUGCCCCAACCCUCUCGAAAUAGCAGCAAAGCUGUCAAUGGAGGAUUUUAAUAUAUUGGUGAAGAAUCAAGAGACGGGAGAGUAUGAGUUGAAGGCGUCCGCGACGCUGUUCCCUGCGGGAUGGAAGUUGCAGGAGAGGAUUGGAACCGGUAUGGCGAAUUUGCAUAAGCCUGUUCCUGGGUGGAAGGAGAAAUUGGGUGGGAGUGUGAAUCGGUAUUUUGACCAUCUUUCCCCAAAAACGAGUAUGGAGAGGACGAAUCUGUUUAUCCAAACUACACCAGAUCUUUUUCAGGAUGCUCCCGAGAAAAUCACUGAGGGAGAAAUCAUCAUGCCAAAGAGACUUAUGGUAAGGAGGGAAAGACAGACCUUUAUGCGCUUAGCGAACACUGGUGCGGUGUUGUUUACCGUUAGGACGUACAUGACUCCCCUCGUCGAACUGGGUGUAGAAGAAUUGAAGGCGUUGAAAAGUCAGGUAAUGGGGUGGGAAGAGGAGAUUAAGGUAUAUAAGGGGUGGGGAAUCUGGGGAGAGCCGCUUUUGAGGCGGUGUGAUGAGGUAUUUGGUGUAGAGGAGGGGAGGGAGUUGAACUCUUCGGAGAGGACAGUCUCCUGCUUUCUUCUCAUCAGUCUCGCCUCCGGUUUCGAAUAG